AUGUCUGUGAGGAAGAAGCUUACGACCACCUAUGACCCUGAGCGGACUAUACAGCCAAUCUAUACCAGCGGUGAUGUUGCCCUUGACCGAGAAGGACGGAUCCUAGCAACAUGCUUGGGCGAAGAAGCUCUGCUCACGGAUUUGGGCACUGGGGAGCUACUGGCUCGCAUAGAGGGUGAUGGCGAGGUCCUAACGACGCUCUCACUCACGCCAAGCGCGUCGCAUCUCAUAGCAUGUUCUCGUUCGUUAUCCAUGAAGAUGUAUGCAUUACAGCACUCCGAGAACGACACACCCUUAGUCAAUGCAUCACUAUUAAGAACAUUGAAGCCUCACACAACCCCGGUGAUUACGGCUGCAGUAGACAGUACCGGGACCCUACUGGCAACAGGAGGCGCUGAUGGAGUCCUCAAAGUAUGGGAUAUCAGGGGAGGAUAUGUCACGCAUACCUUCCGUGGCCAUGCUGGUGUCAUCUCUGCUCUACAUUUCUUUGAAGUCUCGGCUGCCGAGCAUGACAAGAACACGAAGUCCAAUAAGAAGCGACGAUCGAGGAGUGAUUUGCAACGAGAUGAAGACAUGUCUAAAGGUCAUGAUUUGGGAGCAGCAUUCCGCCUGGCAUCCGGCAGCGAGGAUGGCAAGAUAAGGAUCUGGGACCUCGCAAAGCGUAAAUCAGUGGCAACGUUAGAUUCUCAUGUUUCUGUCGUUCGGAGUCUCGAUUAUUCGGCAGACUCGCAUACCUUUGUUUCUGCCAGCAGAGACAAGACUGCCAUUGUUUGGGAUGCCCGCACUUGGAAAUCGAGAAAAGUCAUGCCCAUCCUUGAGAGCGUUGAGGCCGUAGGACUACUCGAGGAAGGUACCCUGCUUUACGCUGGAGGCGAACGCGGAAGACUGAGAAUAUGGAAUGUCGAGACUGGAAGAGAGGUAACAAAAGAGCAGGAAGCUGGUGGAGAAGGACAUGGAAUUGUGCACGUUUUGCAAAAUUUCAGUCAGAGGUUCCUACUUUCUGUACAUGCAGAUCAAUCAUUGAUACUCCAUUCGACUGCUUCCCUCUCAGAAAUACCGUCUGACGUCCUCAUCGAACCGCUGCCUAUCAUUCGUCGGAUAUCUGGAACGCAUGACGAGAUCAUAGACCUAGCUUAUGUGACGCCAGAUCGGGCGCUGUUGGCCUUAGCCACCAACUCUGAAGAUAUCCGUCUUGUCUCUUUGGCAAGCUCGAAAUCAGAUUCACUAUCAGCAACUUCUGCGAGGUACUUCGGCGCUGACGUCGCCCUCCUCGAGGGCCAUGAGGAUAUUAUCAUAUGCCUCUCUGUCGAUUGGUCUGGCUGCUGGCUCGCAACAGGUGCCAAAGAUAACACAGCACGUCUAUGGCGAAUAGACCACGCCUCAAAUUUGUACCAGCUAUACGCGACAUUUACAGGCCAUGCCGAAUCAAUCGGAGCAAUAUCUCUCCCCUCGUCAGCACCACCUCAAAACCCACCUGAACGUACGAAUCCUCUCGAGCAUACUCCACCGUUCUUUUUGACAGGUUCCCAAGACCGCACCAUUAAACGCUGGAACGUUCCCAAAACGUCAACAUCAUCCUCCAGAGCGCUAUACACUCGCAAAGCCCACGACAAAGACAUCAACGCCAUAUCCCUCUCUUCAACCUCCUCUCUUUUCGCCUCCGCCUCCCAAGAUCGAACCGUCAAGAUCUGGUCAACAGAAGAAGGUGAAGUCCAAGGCAUCCUCCGCGGCCACCGUCGCGGCGUUUGCUGUCUGCGCACACUAGAAGGCCAUACCAACAGCGUACUCAAAGUGCUCUGGCUUCCAACCACAUCUUCAUCAAUCACAUUGAAUGCUUCGGCCUCAUCAACACGUCCCCCUCUCAUCGCUUCCGCUGGAGGCGACGGUCUCCUGAAAGUCUGGGAUGCAUCAACAGGCGAAGUCGCAGCAACGUUAGACAACCACACCGACCGCAUCUGGGCGCUUACCGUCAACCCAGACACCGGCAUGCUGGUGUCCGGUGGCGGCGACAGCGUUGUUACGUUCUGGAAAGACACGAGUAGUGAGACGGCGGCCAAGACUUCCGCAGCGGCUACGAGGCGUGUGGAGCAGGAUCAGGAGCUGCAGAACCACAUCCACCGGGGGAAUUACCGGGAAGCCAUCACCCUGGCGCUGGCGUUGAAUCACCCGGCAAGGCUGCUGAGCCUGUUGCAAGGCGUGGUGGACACGCAGCCGCGGGAAGCGGGGUCGAUAUCCGGGUCGACCGCGGUCGAUCAGGUCCUCGGCUCCCUCGGCGACGAGCAACUCCUCUCCCUCCUCGCCCGGGCCCGGGACUGGAACACCAACGCCCGCACCUGCGCGGUGGCGCAGAGGGUGCUGGGUGUGGUGGUCCGGAGCUACGGUGCCGAGCGGCUGGCCGGGCUGGGGAAGAGGAGGGGCGGGAGGGAGGUGGUGGAGGCGUUGAGGGUGUACACGGAGAGGCACUACAGGAGGAUCGAGGAACUGUGGGGGGAAAGCUGGCUGGUUGAGUUUUUGCUGGGGGAGAUGGAGCAGUUGGGUGUGGCGGGGGAGGAUGUGGUGGGUGCGGAGGGAGGAGGCGGUGGGGAUGUCGUUGUGGUAGAAUAG